AUGUAUAAUCAGCCCAAUGGAAAGCGUGGCUUUACCGGUGGGGUGGCAUUGCAACCACAGCGGCAUCAUGAGUUGGAGUUUCUGACACGUCUUCUGGAGGAGAUCUCCAACCACUCGACUUUUGUGGGCAAGCUAUGGCUUACGCUGCUCAUUGUGUUCCGGAUUGUACUGACUGUAGUGGGUGGCGAGUCAAUAUACUAUGAUGAACAGAGUAAGUUUGUAUGCAAUACGCAUCAACCUGGUUGUGAGAACGUGUGCUACGACGCAUUUGCACCGCUCUCGCACGUAAGGUUUUGGGUUUUCCAGAUCAUCAUGAUCACCACCCCCACCAUCAUGUAUCUUGGCUUUGCCAUGCACAAGAUUGCACGCAUGGAGGAUGAUGAUUACGGGUUACGGGGUCCGCGCAAGCGCAUGCCUCUGGUUAAUCGCGGCCCCAACCGUGACUACGAGGAGGCUGAGGACAAUGGUGAGGAGGAUCCCAUGAUCUCUGAGGUGAUUGAAGUAGAAAAGGAGAAAGAAAAGGAGAAAGUUGCCAAGAAGAAGCACGACGGAAGGAGACGGAUCAAGCGUGACGGCCUGAUGAAGGUGUACGUGAUUCAGCUUCUGUCACGUGUGGCUUUUGAGGUGUCGUUCCUGUUCGGCCAGUAUGUGCUGUACGGGUUCGAGGUGGCGCCGUCAUACGUGUGCACACGUAGCCCAUGCCCACACACCGUGGAUUGCUUUGUGUCACGUCCCACAGAAAAGACCAUCUUCCUGCUCAUCAUGUAUGCUGUCAGUGCCCUCUGUCUUCUACUCACUGUGCUGGAGAUUUUGCACCUGGGAUUCAGUGGCAUCCGCGACGCAUUCCAAAGGCGCGCACGACGCCAACAUAAUCAUCGACUAUCCAUAUCCAACCAGAGGACGCUGGUCUGCUCAACUCGCAUUCCAUCAGCACCCCCUGGCUACCACACAGCCCUGAAGAAGGAUUCUGGCAAGGUCGGUACAAGAGGGGAAUACAACCUCGGUGACUUGGGCCACGAGGCUCUGGGUGACGAGGCGUCCUCACGAGAGCUGGACCGCCUGCGGCGACACCUGAAGUUAGCGCAGCAGCACCUGGACCUGGCGUACCAGAGCGAGGACGGCAGUCCAGUGCGAAGCAACAGUCCCGAGUCCAACGGCACAGCCGCCGAGCAGAACCGCCUCAACUUUGAGAAACAGGAGAAGCAAGCCAGUUCCUGUGAGAAAGGGAUCAGAGCCUGAGAACCGAGCCAACAGAUUUCAUCUGGUUUUUCCUUUUUCCUACCGAAACAACACGGAGGGAAGAGGCCAUCAGGAAGUCGGACAUCUUGAGUGUGUUUAGGAUUUUUGUGAGACAACACGACACUGUGAGCAUGCUGGUGAACAGUAAGAACAGCCUGUGCAGUAUUAUGGCAGGAUGGAGCAUCGGCCUCUGGGAAUAUCUCAGCAGCCACUGAUACUUGAGGAGCAGCCUGCCUGGCAUUCCAAAGUACCUACGGGCAAAUAAAAGCGUUUUUUCUUUCCUUUCUGUA